AUGGCCUCGGAACGCUUCCUCGCGGACCGCGCCGCCCCGCUCUGCUCGCUCAACGUCGCAAAGUCCUUUUCCCUCCUCAGCGACAAGGAAAAGAAGUAUGCGCACUACAUCGCUCAAGCAUCCUGGGCCGGUGCUCGCAUCAUCCAGGAGCAGUGGACACCGCACGCCACCUCGCUCUACGACCUCCUCAUCCUCGCCUUCUCCGACAACAACGGCAACCUCGCCGACCUCGACGCGCUCAAGGCCAACGCUGGGCUCGGCGACGGAGACUGGGAGGAUCUGCUGCAGUACACCAGCCAGGUCCUGAGCAACCUCGUCAACUACAAGUCCUUUGGCUUUACCAAGAUCAUCCCCCGCAUCCCGCAAGAAAAGUUUGCCCAGGCCGUCUCCGCGUCAGCAAACUCGGCCAACGCCCUCGGGCUAUGGGACCAGCUGAAAGAGCACAUCUACGCCACCGCCCCCGAGGCCAGCCUGUCCGUCGGCAAGCCCAUCCUCGGCCACGUCUCCAACUACUACCUCGGCCAGCCCGUCACCGACGACGAGGUCGCCGCCGUGCAGGCCGCCGCCGAGACCCUCGGCGUCGACGUCCUCAACACGCGCAUCAAGAAAUCCUCCGCCACCUCCUUCACCCUCCUCGUCGCCUCCGCCUCCGCCCAGCCCUCGACCACCCACCCGCUCGCGCUCCCCUCUGCCCCCGGCGCACAGCUCACCAUCGCCUACGGCGACUUCGCCGGCCCUUUAGCAAAAGCCGUCGCCGCGCUCACCGAAGCCAAAAAAUACGCCGCGAACGAAAAUCAGGAGCGCAUGCUCGAGGGGUACGCGGAGAGCUUCCGCACGGGCAGCGUGUCGGCCCAUAAGAAGGCGAGCGAGUGGUGGGUAAGGGACGUGGGCCCGGUCGUCGAGAGCUAUAUCGGGUUCGUGGAGACGUACGUCGAUCCGUACGGCGGCCGGGCGGAGUGGGAGGGGUUCACGGCGAUCGUGGACAAGCAGCUCUCGGCAAAGUACGAGGUCCUCGUCGACCGCGCGAGCGAGCUGAUCAAGGUCCUCCCCUGGGGCAAGGACUUUGAGGUCGACGUCUUCCGCAAGCCGGAUUUUACGGCGCUCGAGGUGGUGAAUUUCGCUACCGGAGGGAUCCCGGCUGGGAUUAACAUUCCGAAUUACUACGAAAUCCGGGAAUCCGUCGGGUUCAAGAACGUCUCCCUCGCCAACGUCCUCGCAGCCAAAGCACCGAACGAGGAGCUCACGUUCAUCCACCCCUCCGACGCCGCGCUCUACAACGACUGGGACGCGCGCGCGUUCGAGCUGCAGGUCGCGAACCACGAGCUGCUCGGCCACGGCAGCGGGAAGCUGUUCAAGGAGGAGGCCGACGGCGCGCGGAACUUCGCCGCGGACAAGGUGAUCAACCCGCUGACGGGGAGGCCGAUUGAGGGGUGGUACAAGCCCGGCCAGACGCCCGACUCGGUCCUCGGCGAGGUGUCCUCGUCCAUGGAGGAGUGCCGCGCGGAGACAGUCGCGCUCUACCUCGCGAGCAACGACGAGAUCCUCGAGAUCUUCGGCUACACCGACCGGCGGGAGAAGGAAGACGUCCAGUACGUCACCUUCCUCCUCAUGGCGCGCGCGGGCCUGCGCGCGCUCGAGUACUACGACCCGAAGGCGAGGAAGCACGGGCAGGCGCAUAUGCAGGCGCGGCUCGGGAUAACGCAGCACCUGAUCCGCGAGGGCAUCGCGCGCCUCGAGGAGGUGCGCGGGGGCGACGGGCGGCUCGAGAACUUGUACAUCCGGGUCGACCGCGAAAAAGUGCUCACGCACGGCCGCGCGGCGGUCGGCAAGCUCCUCAUCGACCUGCAGGUGCGCAAGAGCACCGCGGACGGCGCCGGCGCGCGCGCGUUCUACACCGCGCUCACGGACCCGCUGCCCGGGUGGGCCGGCGCGAUCCGCGACCUGGUGCUCGCGAAGAAGCAGCCGCGCAAGAUCUUCGUGCAGCCGAAUACGUUCGUGAGCGGGCACGAGGUGGUGUUGAAGGAGUACCCGUUGACGACUGCGGGGGUGAUUGAGAGCUUUAUUGAGAGGCGGCUGUGA